CGAAAGUAGACUGUAAAUGAAAAUUUCCAACAACGUUCAGUCACUCUAUUUCAGGCAAUCAAUUCAUAUUCAGAAAAACAUUUCCUGUCUUCAUAGGAAUAUUGAAACUGAAUUCGGAUGUUUUCUUACGACAAAUCGUACAGUGCCAACUACAUGAAACUGUACUAAAUUUAGAACUGAUUUAGGGAAGCAAUGGAGGUGUGUGAUUUAUGUAGAUCAACACUGAAUUGUAACGGGAAAAGAAUUCACUGUCCUGACUGCCAGAGGGUUCUGUGUGUUAGUUGCAAUGAAAUGAAAACAAAACUACUUCUUAUGACCAGUGGAGUUGAGUGUCCGUGCAGUCUUUUACAGGAAAUAGUUGUUCCAGACAUUGAUAAAAAACACGAUGUUAAAUGUAAUACGAAAGAGCAGCCUAUUUCAAGAAAGAUCAGCGACAAUUCAAGCAACGGGGGUUUAAGAAGAGAGUCUCUAUCGAGGAAUGAGAUCCUUGCAUCGGAAAAGACUAGUUUGGAUCACGAACACGUUGACAGAACACACUGUGACAGCACCAAACAAUCAGGAAAACUAAAUGUUUUGGAGACAAAUAUCAAUGGAGAAGAAAACAUAGAUGAUGGGAGCAAAAGUUUAGCAUCUAAUUGUACAUCCGAUAAGAUAAAUGAACAGGAAGGGCGCGAGCUUCCUUCUCCGACUCCUCAAGGCUUAGAAUCAAAAACUAGUUUACAUGGGUUACACACGGAUAAAAAUGAAAUAAAUAACGAAGAUGAAAUUUGGGAUAAAGAAAAAAGUUCAAAGUGCUCUUUUGAGCAGGGUGUUCAAAGGAAACAAGACGAGACAACAACCGUAGAAACUGAGGACACUGAGCAUCUAGAUAAUGUUAGUGGCAAUGGAGAGAAAGACAUAUCUCAUCAUCAAAGCAGUAGAGAAAAAGACACAGAACAAGAGAUUAAUAUGAAGACAAAUAAAGAGACAACAUCAUUUGAAGACGCACGCAGUUCUGUGAAUGUUGUAUCAUCUGAUAUCCCAAACGUUCAGGAAAAAUCUAAAAAUGGGUUACCGGACUAUAAGAGUAGUAGUUCACGAAAGCCACCAGAAUGGAAAAAAAUGUCACCAAAAAGCAAUGAACUCGAUGCAAACUGGAAUUAUAACUCAAUGUAUGACCAGCCGUGGGGUAUGUUUUCCGGCGAUUUUCGAUAUGGUUACAACUGGAAUAUGGAAUUUAUUAAGAAUGAUUUUGAAUCGUUGAAAACGAAUGAAAAUAUUUCACCUUUGCCAUCCAAGUCAACAACUUCAAAUCUACCCACUGUUGAACAAUCCCAGCUUAUGGAAAUACCAAAAGUAUCAGGAUUGCCAGCUCUCGGAAUGAUAAAGGACGACGAAAGUUUGCAAGACAGUGGACAACAUAAAGUUGGGGACAAGAUUCUAAAAACAAAGGGUCAGAGAGAGGGUGCACCGGUAAGUGACCGUCAGUUACCUAAUGAAAGCACAUCCGACCUAGAGAACAAAAUCAUAAAAAUGGAAGAAACAGCGUCUCCGUCGGCACGAAGGAAAAAGAAACUGUCGAAACACACCUGCGCAGGAUGUGGCAGAAGAGAUUGCGAAGGCCAAUUUAUGAAACUUAUGAAAGCAAUGACAUCAGCUGCAAAGUCAAAAAACUAUGCCAUUCAUAAUGUUGUACCGGAUGGAAACUGUAUGUUUGCUGCCAUAGUGGAUCAACUAGAACUUAAUAACGAUUAUUCAUUUAGUUCCAAAUCUCUUCGUCAAGCAUGUGUGGAGCACUUGAGAAGCAACCCCGAAUCAGAAGAUGGGACUCACUUUGAAAUGUUUAUGGAUGGAGAAUCUUGGUCUGAUUAUCUUAAUCGUAUGUCUCACGAAGGGCAGUGGGGAGACCAUUUGGUGCUUCAGGCGAUAUCACAGGUGACUAAACGAAAUAUUGAAGUAUUACAUGGAGGCGAGAAGGAGGAAAUUACAAAAAUAAACACAUCUCAAGCAAAGGAAGACCAGGUGUCACUUCACCUGGGGCACGUCGGUGAAUUUCACUACGUGAGUCUAAGAGAAAUUCAGGAUGGAGACCAAGAAGAAUUAUCCAGUGACGAAGAAGAAGAGAAGUUCUUAAGCAACUUAUCGGAAAUUGAAGAUGGCCUAAAGAAAGAAGUGUUCGUUGAGGAUUAUAUAGAUCCUUACUCUGAUAUACCGUCUCUUCACAUGUCAUUCCUGCUUAAGACAUUGUUACCAAUAAACAAUGUGUUAAAUGACGCUGAUAAGUGGAUGCAUAAAGUUAUACCAAUGGAAUACCAAGAGCAGCAAAGCGCCUCUUCAGAGUACCAAUAUCCAGAAACGUCUGCAAAAUCGACAAACACCGCAGCGGAGCAGCUACCUAUUAAGCUGAUAGGAGAUAUCGUUAAUGGGUUGUUUGUUGACUAUAUGUUUCUGACAGAAAAACUCAAGGGUAAAAAUGAGCACAAAAACUGGUCUGAUGUGCCAACUCUUCUUCUUUACAAUAACAUGACAAUCUAUACAAGUAGUAGAGACGCUAACAAGGCACGAAGAAAAUUUGGUAUAAUAAGCAGUGAUGGCGUACAUCCUGGGUACUUAUACCUUCUUACGAACGACUCGUUUCAAUCGGGCACAUCCGAGGAGCAAACAAAUCUAGUUUGCAUUCCUAAGAGUUCUGUAUUCUCACCCGUGCGACACAAAAUGGUUAGUGAAGAAAAAAAAGAAGCCAGCGCAUACCAUUAUCCGACAUUUUCCCCAACAUACGUAUACAAAUCAGCAGCUUCGUGUCCAUGGCCAGAAGAAGCAAGCGAGUGGAUAACGAGGGAACGCCCAUCAAAAUGGCCCCCCGAGACGAUCAUCAGUUCCAUUGUUGCUGAUGGUUGUCAUGUCGUCAGUGAAGCACAUCCAACAAGUGUGAAUCCAGAUAUUGAGUUUUCGUUUUGCUUUGGCGUUGCUGAAAGAACACUUUGUAACGAAGCUUUAAGCAGAGAUCAGAGAUAUUGUCUCAUAAUCUUCUUGGCCAUUUGCAGUCAUGGACUGAGAGGCGUUUUCAUAACCACUGGUUUUCUAAAAGCAGUAUUUUUCUACGCAUGUGAAGAACUCCCAUUAAACUGUUGGUCUUCGAGUAUAGGGUCUUGCUUAUUCUAUCUGUUAAUUUCUCUCGUCACUCACAUCGAAAAUAAAUGCAUCCCUUGUUACUUCAUUUCUAGUAACAACACAAUUGAUCACUGGUCCUCAGACCAGAUCAAAGAUGCGUUAGAUAAGUUGAAUACUCUUCGUUGGAGUCUUCUUGAACAUGUACUGUGUAUAGUUAAAGACCAUGAAAUGGGAUUGGACUUUCAGCAAGUGAUCAUGGAGGACAAAGAACAGUUCAAGAUUACACGUAACACUAGAGAAAGUGUUCUAAAUUGUUUUGUUCCAUAUGCGAUUAAAAUAGCUCGGUCCAAUAUAUUACGAAAGCGAUUCAAUGAGGCCUUGGGUACUUUACAAAGUGCUUUCGAAGACAGGUUAACUGUGGCUACAUGUGACGACCAAGUACCGUUCCAAUCGUUUUUCAAUGAAGCUGUACAAGGAAUUUCUUUAGACAGUCAAUGGUGGUUCCUUUUAUAUUCCGAUGAAAGAUUGGGGAUGCAUAUGUCUUCCGAGCUGAGUUUGAAUAUGCAGCCAGUCACCCUAGGCGAAGUUGUGGGGGAUGCUUGUGCUAAAGAUUAUGCAAGUCAUCUUGUCCCAGCUCCAAUGGUUAGCAAUAGGUGUCAGCUUUUAACCAAUCUUGCAUGGUUUUUGCUAACGAAAUACAGAACCAAACAAGCUGUCGAUUGCCUGAUACUGUGCAUCACAGUGUACAGGGAGAAGAUGGACUAUGAAAGCCAUCCAGAUUGUUCAGUGGAGAUUUUGGAGAAAUAUUACGACUUCAACGAAAGAACAAUGUUCAAGGUGUUGAUUUAUCUUUACUAUGGACUUUGUAGGCAAAAGAUGCAGGACAAUUUUACUUACUACUUUGAUGUUGUCAGGGUAGUUUGUGAAAAGCUGGACUGUCGCGAGGCCUACUACCGGGCAAGCCUUUUGUCCUCACUUCUGAACGAAGAGAUGUACCAGUAUUGGAGUCAGAAAUAUCAAACGUGUGAGAGGUCGGACCCGAGUCUAGUCGAUGAACUUUUCUUGGAAACCAUCCAGCUUCCUGAAUAUUAGUUUCAACCCAUUGAAUAUCCUUAAAACAUCAUAAGUUAAUGAACAAAUUAUGUUUGUAAAAUAUGUUUACCUUAUUAAAUUAUAUAAAGAAGAGAUCAA